AGUUACUCAGUUCACUCAGUUGACGGGGAGCGCUCUCGCGCGUAUUAUUGUCCCGUUUUACUCUAAUUAGAUGAUCGAUCACGUGGUGAAUAAACCCUGUGCGCUUAGAGGUUCUCUCGUUAUAUUAUUAUUUUAAUUUUUAAUAUAUAAAGGAGAGACGACAAAUUUUUGGAAUAAAUGUGCGCGCGUCCGUAAUGGACAACCCCAGCGGCGGAAGUUACAGUAUGGGAAUGAUGGAUACGGAGAUGUACGGAAGACCGUCAACUUCACAGUUAGCAACAUCACAAAUGAUGUCUGACGCCGCGACGCCCGGCGUCGGUGUUCAACGAGGUGUUAAACGUUGUUACGAUGACGGUAAUGUACGACAUUCACAAAUGAUGCAGGUGCCUGAGAAUUUAGAUGAAUCAUUCACUAAUUUGGGACAACCAAAAAAAUCGCCACCCUCAAAUGGUAAAAAGACGAAAGGAAGGGUCAAAAUCAAGAUGGAAUACAUUGACAACAAAUUGAGGAGGUACACGACAUUCUCCAAGAGGAAAACCGGCAUUAUGAAGAAGGCGUACGAGCUUUCAACGCUGACGGGAACGCAGGUGAUGCUGUUGGUUGCAAGUGAAACCGGUCACGUUUACACGUUCGCAACGAGGAAAUUGCAGCCAAUGAUAACGAGUGAAGCUGGAAAGGCAUUGAUACAAACGUGCCUGAAUAGUCCAGAUCCACCGCCAUCGGGCUCAUCGGGCGAUCAACGAAUGUCGGCGACUGGAUUCGAGGAAACCGAAUUGACGUACAACAUCGCCGACGAGGAGCAGAAAGAGGACACAGCUUCCCCGAGGUCGGACAUCUGUGGCAACGAUAGCGAAGGGGAUAACGAUAGUGACGUGGAAUCGCCUGUGUCGAAAGACUCAAAGAACCACACAGGUGGUAUGCCGUCAUUUUCCGCUGGUAUAAUGUAUCAAAUGCCACAGAACGUCGUUUAUUCGCCGAGUCCUGGAGUUUUGCUCAGCAUCGGACAAAACGGUCAACCCGUUCAAAUCUCACAAGACGGGGGGACAUCAUCUGUAAAUUCUGCACAAGCCAAUCAUCCAUUCAUCACGAUUCCUCUAAACGUAGCAAUGACUGCCGCCGGACUCUCAUUGCCAGUGACAUCGAAAGCCAUGUCUCCGCCACAUUCUCUCACGUGUACUUCGAAUUCAGAUUUACCUUCGGACCUUAGCAAGGAUCGAAAGUGAAGUGAUAUAUAAGAUAAAUUUAUGUUAUAUAUUUAAAACUAGAAUUUUUUUUUUUCUGUGAAAAUUCACAAAGAAAAA